CCGUCUCGAGAAAGAACACGUUGCCGGGAUUUUCUAGAGCUCCGCUGUGUAUUUUUCUAGGUUAAGUGCUCCGUGCACACGUUUAGAGCCCGAGACACGCGGCGCCUUUAUAAAGUUAACAAGGUCGCAUUAAACGCGGACGACGUGCUCGCUUCGAGGACUCCGCGGUGUUUGUCGGAGUCUCGGAUUAGCGAAACAAGCCGUUCGUUCUGUCUCGGCUUAAAUAUCGCACCUGUACUUAACGCACGAAGAAAAACAAGGACAAGGGGGAGAGAGGAGAGUUAAUUGGCGGAGUCGAAAAAUCUGCAUAAAGCGCGUUUGGUUGUUGCGACCGGUUCGUUGUGUUCCGAGCAUGUCGUCGUACAAGCGUUUGUCGAACUAAAAAAGACGGUGGGUAGGUGUGCGUGUGUGUGUGUGCGGCGUCGUCGUCGUCGUCUUUCGAUGCAGCGCGGAUCGUCAACGAGCUCGCGCGAAUGAUCCUUCCGCGGCUGAACGGCCCUUGAGGAACAAGAAGAAGACAAGGGCGGGAAGGCAAAAAGACAAAGAGAUGACGAGGAGGGAGCUAUGAGCACGGCGGACACCGCGCUGUCAAUUUCGGUCAAGAUGGCCCCAGGGCCGGAACACCGUCAGGAACCGGUGGCCCCUGACAAGAUAACCGAGAGCGAAGAACGUGCCGCUGCCGAUGCCGCAGUCGAUGCGGACAACUCGGAUAGCAACACCACAUUGACGACCACCACCACCUCGAGCGGCAACAGUAAUAACAACGGCAACAGUAACAAUAACAAUAACAGUAACAAUAACGAAUCUGUCGCCACUGUCACCGUCGUCGCUGAGCAAAGUGCGAACGUCGAGAUCGCUCCGGUUAAUUUUGCUCCUGGCGCCGCCGAUCCGGUCAGCCAGGGCUCGCCGCCGAACAGCGGCGCCGACAGCAAACAGGAAGAACCAGCAACCCUGUCUGCACUGAACGAAGGUGAAUUACGCGCUUUGCUGGAUGAAGCUAUAACGUACAAGCGUCCGAAAGAUCGAGAGGGUAAAUCUAAUCUGUUCAAGGAACUGUUGCAAGAAGCAGAAGCGGAUGAGACCGAGGAAGGACGUAGAUUAAUAUCUAAUUCACGUCUACCAGGCUCAAAUCGCAGAAGGCACAAACGAGAAUCCGUAUCCGAGCGUCUGACACAUGGCGGAUCGCUUCAAAAUUUAGCCCAACCCAUUGCCUCAGAAUUCGACAGUUUCGCUUAUCUGACGUCUAGUUCGUGUCACACUUACGGGAGUAGUAGAAGAAAGAACAAGAAACACACAGGGCCUAGUGUUUCCGCUCGACAGAGAGAGGGUGGAUCGUUACCGUCAAAUGUGAAUGCAACACACAGCCUUGCUUCUUUGGCUAAUCUAGACCUAUUGUUCGACAAAAAGAAGAGUUUUUGCGAGGAGCGAUCGGCAUACGAUUGGACCAAUAAAGAAAAAUCCAAGUCCUUAGACAAACCCACCUACACUAGUACAAAGAAGGAGGAGAAGGAGAAGGAGAAAAAGGAUUCGAAGAGGGACGUCGUCGGCCCGGGUGAGACAGAAUCCGAAACGCGAGAGAAGAAGGUCAGCAAAGGAAAAUACGGAACAAAUGAGAUGCUCGAAUCCGAUAAUCCACCCCCGGAGUAUAAAUCGGAUUACAUGGUGAUUGAUAUAACCGAAGCUGAGAUAGACGCUAUUAAGAGAGAACAUGAGGAGAGACUUUUAGGAUCUACGGCUAGUGGAGUUCAAAGACCUCGAUCGUUGGACGCCGAAAAUGACGAGGGAACUGAAAUGAAAAUAAUUGAACCUCGUAAGCCAAUUCAUUAUGUUACACGGGCGACUCUUGAUAUAACGCAGACUCCCGUGGACACCACCAUAGAAUUUCCCAUUCGCGACCACAAACAAGAAAAAUCAAAAAUAUCCGUCAAUGGUGCGGAUAUGACAGGAGCGUUGUCGUUUCAACCUCACAACAGUAUAAAGUGUAGCAUAAGCGGAACCGCAACCAAUCCCAAUAUUCCCCAGAGUAAAUCUAUACCAGGUAUAUGUUCCGUGAUGCAAGCGACUUGGCAAGCACAGAACUUAACUAUGGAAGGAACAAGAUAUGCGCAGCAUAUUACGAUGAAAGACCCGUCUGUAUCUGGGGAGAAGAAGUCGUUGGACGAGAAUGGGAACGCCGUGCAGACUUACAACGGUGAACGCAAGAAACCCAGAAGGAAACACACCCAGGAACACAACGUUAAGGUUUACAAUGCCGAGAACGUCGAGGGUCAUCGUAACGAGGAUAUCGACAGUCUGAUCAAUUUCAUUGAAAAUAAAGAAUCGAAAAGCAAAAAAGGCAAGACCGGUAAUCCAGUCAGAGUGAAGACCAGUUCUGGCACAAAACCGAGAACCAGGGAAAAGGAUACGAAGAGAGAGCAAUUGCCGUCGAAGUUGCAGAAGUCGAAUUCUCUUGAGGAAAUAUCGAAGACGAAAUUGGAAGAUCUCACGAUGGAGAAAAGUGGCAGUUCGAGUGGCGCCAGCAGUGUAUCCAGCCAACAAGGUGUGAAUGUGGCAUUGCGUCGUUCGAAGCAAAGAAGCACCGGCGAUACGACGGUCGAUAGUCGAGGCGACAGGCGUUCCUGGGGGACAGAGGAAGGUCAAUCAAUAUAUUGCAACGACACUGGAGAGGAUUACGCCAGCCGCCCCAAUUCCAACAAGAAGAUCAAUCCGGAGCCCGAACAGGAAACGGAAUUUCUAGUGGUUACAAAGAAAAAGAAGAGCAAGAAACAACGAAGAAGUUCCAGCGGCAGCAGGGCGCAAAAUCUGACAACGUCAGGAUCGUAUCUUCAGAAUUCCAGAGGAUUCUCUAACGAGUACAGAACGCCGCUCUCUCCCGAGUUGCGAAGAAAAUCGGCGAGUAGCAUGCCUCCGAGUGAUAAGUCGGAUAGCAGCGACUUGGAUUCGGUUCAAUCGCUGCCGGUUACAUCGAAGCACAGUCUGUCUAAAGUCGCGACGUCAUCGAGCGGUAUUCCGCAGGCUAGUUACGCGGACAUAGCGCGCAUGGCCACCAUUAACAUGCCGCACAAUUUGAAUAUGGCUGCAAUCGUACCCAGCAUGCUGAACACAGCCUCGUGGCCGAGCGUACCGUCGAAGACGUCCUCGGAACCAGAUAAAGUGCCUCAAGAUUAUUAUCCGAGCCUGGACGAGAUACAGCACUCGGAAAGAAAAGUGAGGCAACAACAGAACACGGCUGUUCAGUCUAAUCAGGCCGCGGUGAACUUGAAUUUGGAUAAGCCGCUAUCGCCGACUUUGAAGAUGAAGAACUCGGAUAGGAAAAAAGCUGAGGCUCAGGAAGAAGCUAUCAAUAAGAAUAUUCAAGUGUUCAAAUAUGUUCAGGACAUUGAAAAGAUGCAUGAGAAUCUGACACAGCAAGAAACCCAGAAACACACGACUUCCAAUAGUUACAGUGCGAAUUCCAAUACGUCCAAUGAAAGUGUCGCGACAAACGUGACGCCGAAACUGAGAAGUAAUAGUACAACGACGAAUUAUAGUGCGGUCGAUGCUGACAAUAAUCUCAGCUGUGCCGUUAAUAAUAAGGAUUCCGUUAUACAUUCAAGAUCCAACAAUCCCCGUUCUCGCAGAAAUUACGUACAUAGCAAUCCGAAUGUGCAACCUCAACAAGGAUUGCACGAUGAGCAACACCCCAAAAGGACAGUGUCUUCUCAUCAGGACGAAAUGCCUAAGAAAUCGCACAACGAUACCUUACAGUCCGACGGCAAAGCCAAUCUACCGACCGCGCCGCAUGACAAUACGGACGCGCAAAAGUUGAAGACCGCGAAAUCUGUGCAACAGGAGUCGCAGAUCGUCGAAUCUGAGUCGAGUAACAACAACAAGACGACCGUUAAUUGCAAUCCCAGGACAGGGAGAGUUGUGAAGGAUUAUCAAAACGUUCCUGUGAAGAACGACGCGGUGAAACUGACGAUGUGUCAGCCGCAAGCUAACUCGAAGCAAGAAAGUCAGCAACGCGAGGAAACUGAAAGCAAGAAACCGAAGUCGCAGAGUGCGCAAUCCGAUAAGGACCAGUCGCAGAGGCCGUCUGUGGAGAUGCAGCAGGCCAAGAACUCAAGACCCGCGGUGAUCUUGCUGGAUGAAACUUCCUCCGACGUCAGCAAGAAUAACAAUCUGCCGACGGAGCUAACUUUCGGUUUCGAGAUAAACGAGCAGCUGUUGCUCUCGGAAGACAAUGGCAACGAGGAGACACCGGUGGUUGUGACGGACUCUGGUUUUCCAUCAGCUGCGCCGCCUCCGCCGCCGCUUGUCGACAACAAACCACCGCCCGCCAACAAUUACGAGAGGAACCCGCCAUUAUUCACCGAGAAACCAGUGAGGUACGACAAGUUCUCCAAUUUUCAUAUGCAACCGCCGAAUGCUCAUGUGACGCCAACUAAUGCUCACGUGACACCGAUGCAUCCGGUGAUGAUACAACCACUGCCGUACAUGAGUUAUGCAACCAGGUUUCCACCGCCCACGUAUCUACCACCGCCGCCACCACCUCCGCCUGGAAUCGUGGAAAAGUUCCAUCCGCCGAAGGAAGACUUUUCUAUGCUUUACGUAGCGCCCGAAGAAGAGCUGAACAUGCAGUCGUACAAUCACGAUAAGAUCGUCUCGUUCGUUGGCUUAGCGUGGGACGCAGUCAUGAGAGAAAUGCCUGUGACCACAACCGGUCGCAUACAAUUCUACAGUGGACAAUGAAGUGAAAGUUGUCGUGGGGCUGUAGUAAAUGGGCAAUAACAAUAACUUUUUGUAUUGGUAAAACUAUACUUCCAUUACAAAUAGCUAGUUCGUUGAGUCUCUCUCUCAUUAACGCACGAGGUCGGUUUUGGGCGUGUUUACGUGCGCAGUUGCUGCUCUCGAGCAUGUAAAGAGAGAGAGAGAGAGAGAAAAAAAAAAUGAAAACAUCAACAUUCGCUCGGAGAAUCAUCUGUCUUCUUUGAAUUCAAAACGUUUUCGAACCAGUGUGAGAUUAGUGGAGCCGAGUGGUGCGAAGUGUGCCUCAAGAGAUAGUUAAUAGCAAUGUACAUAAGAAUCAAUCACCAAAAAAACGGGAGGGAAACAAGACGGAAGAGAAGGAUUUAAAAAAAAAAAAGUGUAUAUUCCAGCAAUGUACAUUGUGCUUAAAUUUCUCAUGAUAAUGACAGUGUCGUAAAACUACAGUAUUGACUAUUAGUGAUGCCUGAUCGGAAAGGAGAAGGUGGACUCUCUCAAGGAUUAAUGUAUCCUCGUAAAAAAACAUUUAUAAUUAGUUUUGGUUAGCUCCUGCGAGCUGGGACGAUUUCGAUCGACAUGGAAGAUCACUGGUCCGGUGAGUUUUUGUCGAUUCUGGAGCGAGAGAUCGAUAAACUUAACACUAAGAGUGCCGUGUGUGUGUGUGUAUCACACUUGACGUGUAUACACACUUGGUAUAUGAAACUUAAUGCACACACAGUUUCAAGUUAGUAGUUUCUUAUCGACUGUGUAUGCUUGGGGAUCACAUCCAUGCAAAUCUAGUGCACGACAGAGGUUUGUCUGGACUCAGGGAAUGUUAGUCGAUCUGAAUGGUUGAUAAGGACUCGAUUUUUGUCAUCCGCAUGUUAAAUUGCUUCUUAUAUUUUAAUUACAAUUGUUGCGUUUCUUUAAACAAAAAAAUACUUUUUAAAUAUAAUAUUUUUCAAAACGCAGUACACGUUCUAAAUAUCAUCACAAACAUAUACAUUUAUUCAUAAUAUAGAUUCUUUUUUUUUUAUAAAUAUAUAUAUGAGACUUUUCAACCUGUGCGUAUGUGAAAGAAAGCUUUUAAAAGUAAAAGAAGAAUUUUCAGACAUUUAAAACCUCAUAGUUUUUGUUUACGUGAAGUCACAUUUAGAGUUUUCAUAUAUAUUUUCUCUUUUUAUUUAUAUAUAUUUGUGUAUUAUUUAUUUAUCCAUAUGUAUACAUAUAUAUAUAAUAUAAUAUAAUAUAUUUGGAAAACAGCUUUCCUCCCGAUUUCACGAGAUCAGUAAAUGAUGACGAGAACAUCAUAUAUGACAAUUGUUGGGGGAUGACAAAAACAAAAGAGUACACCUUAUCACCUCUCAGUGAUAAAAAAAUAUAGCCAGGCACUCUAAGUGUUAAAAUAAAAAGUCACUAACUGGGUUUUGAAAAUGUCGAAGUACGCUCAAAAUCUGGUCAAAUGUCUGUGAGAAGAUAAGACGCGGAAUGUGUCGCAAAAAAAAAAAAAAAAAAAAAGCUAAAUUUUUACACAGACCUGCUUAUUUAAGAAGUAACUGAUAAUUAUCCAUAAUGAUAAUUAUAAACAAGAUGCUUGUGAUUCAGUAAAAAAAAUACGAAUGGUGUGAAUGCGCGCGUGUAAAAUUCGUGUAUACUUUCUUCUAUCGUAGAAUUAUGGAAAUGAGAUUGCUGCUCGAUCGUUGCUGCGCGUUGCGUUUUUACGUACACAAUGUGCCGCCGCGUUGCGGGCGAGGAAGCGUGAGAAACAAAAUCGUGGAAAACAAAUAAAGCAUGUCGAAAAUAAAGGAACGAAACGUUUUUUACACGAGUCUCUUCGUCUUCGAGAAACUUCGAAAAUUUCUUAACUUUAACCUUGUGGCAGAUGAUAUUUCGACAGCGGUUAUUACAUAAGUAAAAAAUAAAGUACAACAUCUGAUUUGUGUAAUGCUUUUAAAAUCUGUUUUUUUUUUAUUUAUUUUUUUUUAUUGCAUACAUUAUAUGUGAUUUUACAUUGCUGUAUGAAAUGGACUGGUGCACUUUUUUUUUAUAUACCUAUGUAAUAAUAAUACAAGGUUAACCUAACCCAGGAAUUAUUAAUUAAUUAAUUUUGUUUUCAAGCUCGCAUUUUCUCGAACGCGGAGCCUCGUAUAAGAACCGCGCGAUUUUGUUUUCUGCGAUUAUUUUUGCGAAUGGUAAAAUCACAUCGUGCGCAUCAGAAUUGAUAAUGGAACACUUCGUGUACGUAAAAAUCUUCGAACUUUUUACAGAGGCUUUAAAAGUUAUUCCAAAUUGAUUGCAUUUCAUGUUGUCACAUUUAUAGUGCUGCAACUUUGCACAGACCAUGUUUUUUCUUCAUGUUUGAACGAUGCUUGUUUAGAAUUUAACGGAAAAGAAUUUGUUUAAAAUAAACUUCAUAUAUAUAUAUAUACACACACACAUACACACACACACACACUUAUACGAGUCACAUUGACAAUAUCAACCGUCUCGCUUAACAUGAUCAUCUAUAUAUAAUGCCGUAUUGAUCCUUCGUACUUCCACAUAGUAAUUGCAGACAAAUAAAACGUUUCCGAGAUGUUAUUUUUUACGUCUAAGAACCCACCACACGACAACGGAAACGUGUCGCACAUUACAUAUGUACGUAGCAAAAAAAAAAAAAACACAAAUAACAGAAAAUUGAAUUUUAUUGCGACUGUGAUCACUGUGAAGAAUGUGCACAAAAAAAAAAAAAUAAUAAUCCGUACGCAUUAUAUUAAUGCGUGCUCUUAUUGAAUGUAACUCUUAUAAAAGUUCACUUUUAGUUGUCUCUUUUUUUUCCUCAGGUUUGUUUCUCAUUUUCUUUUUUUUUUUUUUUUUUUUUAUCACAUUGAGAGAACGGAGAAAUCGAAUUUUUAUUUGGUUUAUUCACGGAUAUGCGAAAGAAUACGAUUGUCACGUGUUAUGAGAAUAUACGUUAGAUAAAUAUACACUGGCGAAUCUAAUAUAUCGUUUAAAUUAAUCGUCGGUUAGAAGAGAAAAGAUACGAAUCCCCUACUAUACUUUUUAAAUUCGCUAAUUGCCUAAAAACUCGAGCCUAAGAGACGAAGUGUUAACGCUGCUUUUAACCCUAAUUGUAAUGCAUACGAGUUUUAAAUAAUAUAAAUCUACGGAUUUUGUCAAUCUUGUGGCGUAGAGCGUACGGUUCGCGCGUAAUAUUCUACCGCAAACACCGAGCGAGUUGAGUAGUAAAAAAAAAAAAAGAAAAAAAAUAAAAUAAACACACAUACUGAUUGGUUUUUGUGUUUUCGAAAUACUAGUUUUAGUUGCAUUUUUCAAUUUUUUGUGUUUCGGUGAUGUGUUUCUGCUUCUCUCUCACUUACCGGAGCGAGAAAAUGUGAGAACAAGAUUUUAGAGACUUAAGAGCAAACACUUGUUCUUUCUCGAAUAAACAAAUAUUAUUCGCGCAGCAAUCUCAUACUACACGUGGAGAAACGAAUGAAUGAUCGGUUGAAACUUAUCGCCUUUAUAGGUAACGAUAAAAAGAAAAAAAAAAUAAAUUAUCACAGAUAAAGUUUCGUAUGAAAGCCUGGUUAAGAGUGUGUGCGCUCUGUCUAUUUAGUAUAUACAUAUAUAUAUAAAUAUAUAUAUUACGAAACGAGUUAAUUAUUAUUAAUGAAUUAGGAUUGAUAAAGUUUGUUAUAUAUCGUUUUUUUUUCUUUGCGAAGAUAUCAAAAUUGUGUAAAAAACGACAAAAAAAAAAAAAAGGUACCACGCUCCGUUGAAACUCUCUUCUUUUUUGUCUACAUAGGAAAUAGUUCAGCUGGAAGUACAGCUUUCGAGAUAAUUGUGAAAAAUUGAGAUAUUUAAUUAUUAUUAUUAUUACGACGCAUUACAUAUAUAUAUAUAUAUACGAUGCAUAUCGGAGAUGUAACUCGAAAAAAGUAUAAAAAAUUAAGCGCAUAUUUGUUAGCACCUUUUGCAAACACAACAAAAUAUAUUGAGGUAAUUUCCUUUUCUUUUUUUUUUUUUUUUUUUUUUUUUUCUUUGAGUAAGUUUGCAAAAGUUUGGAUAUAUUGUGUUGACCAAUAUUUACGGUCGCUGUUUUAGUCACUUUUUUCUUUCAAUGUAUAACACAUUAACGCACCGGAACUUUUCUAUUUUCUAAAAGUCGCAAAAACUUUAUCUUUCUAUUUCUUCGACCGAGAUUUUCUUUUUUAUAGUUUUUGCGCGCUUCGGUUUUCCUCCUGAUGAGUGUGUGUGCGUGUGUUGCAACAAAAAUCGAGGUAUAUAUUAUAUAUUAUACCGACUGCCCACGAUUUAUUUUAUUUUUGUUUUUCUUUUACAUGUGUUACGUACGUGGGACACUCGACUAUAACACUUGUUAUUACGGUUGUGCUGUAUCAUAUUACUUUUUUGACGGAAUUGUUAUGAAAAUGUUCGCAUCCAAUGUUGAGAUACUUUUUUUUGAGUUACUUUAAAAUCCGAUAUGUGUGCGAGAGAAAAAAAACAAAUUCACGAAAUAAGGUGCUCCAACUUGCUUUAACGAAAAAACAACAAAAAAAAAAAAAAAAAAAAAAAAAAAAACUAACUGCAGUCUCUCAGCCUGUGCCAUUAACCGAUUUCUCUAAUGGCCACGUGAUAGGAAUUCGCGAAAAACUAGCUGCAAAUGUAUAUUCGUGAAGAGGAAGAAUUAAGCCGGACGAAAAGAAAAAAAAACCAAAAAACCAAAAAAAAAAAAAAAAACCAGAAUAAAAAGAAAGACGAAACCUGAACCCACCCUCUCCAAACAGUGUACAUAGCGGGGGAGGCAGCUAUGGUAAUCCCGUCUUAAUCUAUACGUGUAGCAUAUAAAAUUGUUUCAUUGCUUCGAUUUGACAGACAUAUGCGAGAAACAACAAAAA